CUGCCCUUAAACCCUCAGCCCUUUCUCUCACUAUCUCCUCUCUCUCUCUACGCUCUCCUCUCUCUCUCUCUCUCUCUCUCUCUCUCUCUCUCUCCACCUGCUCGAAUCUCACCCAGGACCCCAUGGCCCUCUUCACUUCCAUUCUCUCUCUUUCUCCAUAAUCAAUUCAUCCAUUAAUCCGUUCGAUCUAUACUUUCUUUUCUAGCAUCCCAAAAGCAGACGACGAAUCCAUUGAUCUGUUACCUUCCACAUCUCUCUUUUACCAAAAAAACAAAAAAAAAAACUUCCACAUCUCUCUCUUUCUCUUUCUCUCUCUCUCUAACACCAAAACACCUGUAUCCAACCUCACCACUGUAACUCACUAAACAACCAACAAGCACAUCAACAAGAAUCAUAGUUUUAUUUAUCUGAUUUAAUAUUUAAAUGAAAAAGGGAGAAUCAGGCUUCUCUACCUGAGUCUUCCUCAUUCAUCCCACUAUACUCUCUAUCCAAUUCUCUAUAAAACCUUCACACUCCUUCCCCUUUUACCUUUCUACAACUUCCAUCUCUCUCUGUUUGUUUGUUUCACUGGAUUACUUUCUCAGUGGUGGUGGUUCUUUUAUUCUAUAAUUCGUUGGGUGUGGCGAUGAUGUUGAAGCGAAGAGAGGAGAAAUGAGAGGAGAGAAUAAUGCGAACACUCUGUGAUGUUUGCGAGAGCGCAGCCGCCAUCCUUUUCUGUGCCGCAGACGAGGCUGCUCUAUGCCGUUCCUGUGACGAUAAGGUCCACAUGUGUAACAAACUCGCUAGUCGACACGUACGAGUCAAGCUAGCUGACCCUAGUGAUGUCCCUCGUUGCGACAUAUGUGAAAAUGCACCUGCAUUCUUUUACUGUGAAAUAGAUGGAAGUUCCCUUUGCCUGCAAUGUGAUAUGAUUGUACAUGUUGGAGGUAAAAGAAUGCAUGGAAGGUAUCUCUUAUUGAGGCAAAGAGUUGAGUUUCCAGGGGAUAAACCUGGCCAUUUUGAGGACCUGGCCUCGCAACCUAAGGAUCAGGGUCAGAAUAGAAGGGAACACAAUCAGCCUCCAAAACUGACCAUGAGAGAAAAUCUGCAAAACCACAGGGUCUCUACCCCAGUGGUAAAUGUUGACACUGACAACCAUGGAAAGAUGGAUACCAAAAUGAUUGAUCUAAAUGCUUGGCCAAAUCGGGUGCAUGGGCAAGCUUCAAAUAGUCAGGGUCAUGGCAUUGAUGUUCUAAGUGACAAUAAUCAUGAAGCAAGCGUGGUUCCUGUGGGAUCUUUCGAAAGGGAGCCUGAGAAGUGAGCUAGGUAUCUCCUAUACCUUUUACUAAUGGCUUUGAAAAUCACAGAGAUUACAAGGAGCAGAAGAGCAAGGGUGGGAGAAAGUAGAUAUUUGGACUUUUGUCGAGACAAGGUUGUUUGGCUGUCUCAAGGGGGUUAUUGUUUGGCUAGCCGGGUGUGGGAACUAGUUUCGCUCUUCUAUGGUGUAUCUAAACUUAUUGUACUAGCCAACUAGUUCUAUACGAGGUCAUACCUGAUACAAGGCCUAAGUUAUGCAUGUCUUUUCUCACCAUUUUUCUUAAGGUUACUUUAGGUUUACCUUUGCUUCUUUUAGUUUCUUCAAUCUAAAUCAAAUCACUCCUCCAUAUUGGAGCAUUUA